UCCCUGGACGGUGCGAUCUGUUAGUCCUGUUGGUCAUCUUGCGACUUCAUCGCGACAAAGACCCCGGAACCUUUUUCCUACUAUCCUAAGGAUUCAUUCACUGCCAUAUUCGGCCUCAAUCUCAACCAUGUCUUCCGCGACUUCUUUCUACGACUUUGAGCCGGUCGAUAAAAAAGGCAACCCCUACCCCCUCACCUCCCUGCAAGGCAAAGUGGUGCUGGUCGUCAACACCGCCUCCAAGUGCGGCUUCACGCCGCAAUUCCAAGGCCUCGAGAAACUUUACCAAGACCUGAAGGCCAAAUACCCCGAGGAUUUCCUGAUCAUCGGAUUCCCCUGCAACCAGUUCGGCAGCCAAGAUCCCGGCUCCAACGACGAAAUCCAGUCCUUCUGCCAGAUCAACUACGGCGUGACGUUCCCCGUGCUGGGCAAGUUGGACGUGAAUGGUGAUAAGGCGGCGCCGGUGUGGACGUGGAUGAAGGAGCAGCAGCCCGGUCUGUUGGGAUUGAAGCGCAUUAAGUGGAACUUUGAGAAGUUUUUGAUCUCGGCUGAGGGAAAGGUCGUCGGACGGUGGGCCAGCUUGACGAAGCCUGAGUCGUUGGAGGAGACGAUUGUCAAGGAGAUUGAGAAGGCUAAGAAGGAGGGGACCUUGGCUUCGGUGAAGAAGGCGGGCGAGGCCCAGGGUGAGGGUGCGGCCGAGGCAAAGCUUGCUUAGGGGAGGAUUAAUCUCAUAGUGAUGGAGAGGUGUUUGUGAUACCAUGUUGAUGUUCUUGUAUUGAGUACUGGUUGUUACAGUCUUUGACUGCCAUGUGAUGGACUCGUCAUAUCAUAUCAAGUCAUACUAAUUUACUGUAUCGUCUUCUUUCCCCCUUCUGACUACGCCGCAGCACUACCCUUAGGGAUCAAAUUGCGCAACGACAAAUCAUACACAACAUC